AUGGACUCAACAAAACCUGCACCUAUCAAUAUCAAGCCAAUUGUAUGGAAAGAGAGGAUUAAACCUUCUUACGCGGACCAUGAUGAAGAAAUGCAACGUGUGGUAGCUAUUAUUAAGGGAGGACAUGAGAGUCGUCUCCUUCGAUGGAUUGAAAUCUGUGAUUCCAUAAAUAAGAAAGAUUCAGGAGGGAACACAGUGCUUCACUGGGCCUCUUCCCUCGGUAGUUUAACUGCUGUGACCCGCCUUCUCUUAGCUGGAGCUGAUGUGAAGGCGGAAAACCAAAUAGGGGCAACACCUUUACACUGCGCCGCUGUUGGUGGUCACGCAGCGGUAAUUGAACAACUUUUACGUAAUGGUGCAGAUGCGAUGGCGAAAAACGGUGAUGGACAAACUAUGUUUGAUUUGUUUCGGUCUUUAGGAUGGAAAGAUCUUUCCAUUCUGUAUAAUCAUUUAGAAAAUGCCCUACAUAUUCGUUCCUUUGAUUACCAAGAGAGGGAAAGCAUAAAUUUUACAAGAGAAGCAUUUUUGGGUGCCCUUGUUUCUCCUGUUGUGCGAGACGGGAGUCCGCUGACGGAAUCAUGUGCUUCUUUCGCAUAUUACACGGUCUCCAGCGACGAUCGGGUCUACGUGGAUGAGUUGGAUGAGUGCCUGUGGGGAUUGGCGUUGGAGGUGCUCAGCGCCGAUGAGGUGGCGGACCGCCAGGCGGUGGUAAAUGAAUAUCUCGAGUGGGCCUUGCAAGUUGUCUUUGAUCCUUCUCUUGCACCUCCUCCUCCUCCUCCUCCUGCUGCUGCUGCUGUUGUUUCUCCUCCUGCUCGUAUCCCGACGGCGAAUAUGAAUAAUAACAGUAGUAGUAAUCCCAGUGUGACGGUAGUGCCGGUGACGCAGCCGGUGGAGGCGGUGCUCGGCGAGCGACACGCGGGGGAUUCCCGCCAGCUGCUCGUGCGCCUGCGGGACGGGGCGAUUGUGUGGGCCGCCGAGGAGGACGUGGCCAACGAGGCCGCCGUGCGGGACUACGCCGACCGCCUCGACCACACCAACGUCUCCUUUGCCUCCUCCCCCACAAACACCUACAGCAACAGUAACGCAAACGGCAAUGUUUUUCUGUGCGGGGAUCCAUUUGAGUAUUCCGAGCGUGUCGAACUCGCACGGCAGUUGGAGCAACUCCCACACGGCCGCCUCCCAUCGCCCACAGCAACACAGCACAUUGCAAAGAUGCAGGAAAACACCACACCGGCAGGGGUAUUGCCACCGCUGCGGGUCUCACAGCAAUCAAAGGGGAACGUUAAUAGAGGAAUUUACGAGCCGUACCUCCCUGCAUUAGAAACCGAUCAUCAUAUGCGUCUACAACAUGAACAAGAACAAGAAGCAAAAUGGUUACUGGAAAGUAAUCCUAUGAAUGUUGGGCUACCCAAGAUAGGAUGUGGAGGAAACCUUUCCAAUGAAAACAUGACAAACACGUUGGCAUACUACAGUAGUUCGGAUGGGGUAGAUACUACACACAAUAGUUCCUAUGACCGUGUAGAUACAGGAAAGAAAAGAAAUAACAAUAGCAUAAACAGUGGAAAUCAUUCUUAUGGUGAAAAGAACGUUACAGAGGGAAUUCAUACCACAGAAAAAAGAGGAGGAGGGAUUAGGGGUAAGCUGCCUCCAAUACGACAGGUACUAUCAGAGGAUGAGAAGAUAGCGUAUGAGAAGUUUCUCCGACAAUCUGCUCUAAAGUAUCUUAGACGCAAGACACAGGAGAUGGGACUGCAAUUGUGA